AUGAAUGAGUUGAAGUACAACAUGGACCUUGAAGAAAAAGCGAAAGAAAUGAGGACAUGUGAUAAUUUGACAUCUGGAAUUGACUACAUGUAUACUGUAGUUUCAAUCGAUCAAGGACUGACAAUCCCUCAAGUAGAAUCAGUGGAGGAACAACUGAAUAUGACUAUUAAUACAUUUCCUGCAUUGAUUAUUCCUGAACAAUCAAAAAUUGGAUGUGCUGAAAUGGAGUGUAGAGGGAGAGACAAUUCAAAAACUAGAAUUGUGUGUCUUACUGGACCAAAAUCAGAGUUCCGAUAUGAAGACUUGAAAACUGGACCACCUGGUUCAGAAUGUCCGAAUGGAAAAGGGGAAAAUGGAUUGUGUUUUUCUGAAGAAGAGAGUAUUUCGAAUGGAUUUGGACCGAAAGAAGAUUUGGAAAAUAGAGAACCGAAGGGAGGAGAAGAGGAGAACUCAUCGAGUUAUGGGAUUUCUGGAUUAGUUUUCUGUUUCAUUUUUAUGAUGAGUGGUUUACUUUGA